UAAAAACACCAUUUGAUUAUGGCAUUCAUCAUGAUUUGGAAAUGACAUUUGUUUAAUCUGUCCCUGCAGGAUUUGUGUGACCUCUUCUACAGCAGUUCAAGUACAUCAACACGUGUCAAGAUAUGACUACUCCCCAGAAAUUUGUGCUCCGUGUAUGUGUUGCAACAGAUGUUGCCAUGAAGCUCAUUCUAACCGAGCGACCACAGUGAGUAGAAGACCUCAAGAAUAUAAUGAAAGAGAAGUUUAAGCCAAGGCUGGACUGUGACUUUACCCUUCAGUAUGAGGAUCCUGACUUCAAUGGACAGCUCAGUGUUCUUAUGGAUAUUCAGGAGCUCUCUGAGAAAGGCACAUUGAAAGUGGUGAGAUCUGAAAGUGAUGCAUCCUCCACUGGAAGCUCUGAUACCGACAUACUCCCACAUGUAAAUUUAAGACAGCGUCAGAAGAACUGGCCAGAUUGUUUCCCUGUGCCAACUUUCUCGUAUGAAGUGGAGCAUGUACUUGCACAGGGAAAUGCUGCCUUUGAAAGUUCAGGGACGACACUGAAAUUAACAAGAGCCCAAAAACACAAUAUCCUGGAAAACAUGGCUGAAACAAUGUACAACUUCAAGCCAUAUCCACAUGACAAGGAAGUGGGUAUGGCUGCUGAAGCUCUAAUAACAGCUCAUCCAUGCCUCAGAGAACAUGGAACUAAGAGUGGAUGGUAUGGAUGGAAGGUUGCCUUAAAGUUCAAGAUGGGGAAUUAUCGAACUAAGUUGGCCAGAUCUGGUUGUGUGGAGGUCUCCAUCAAUGCAGGCAAGAGGAGUCAAACCAACCCUGAGAAUGAUUAUCCCCAUUCUAACAUCAAAAGAGCCAGAAGAGCUGAGGUGAAUUACCUUCCCAACUUCCCCAGGGGAGAGAAUCAGGCAACGUUGGAGGAAAUGAGAGUACAAAUCAUACAAGAGACUGAAAAGACUGAAAGAGACCAGAUACUGAUAGAAAAGCUCAUGCACACAACCUUUGCCCUUCGCCGCCAACACAUUGUUGAAGGGAGUCCACAGGUGAGGGAAUUCUUGGAGAACUGGCCGGCCUUACAAAUGCAGUCACAGGUGUUUGCUGAGUUCCAUCGCAUCACAAAUGUGAAUCCACGCAACCAGUUUUACUGUAAGCUUGACCGAUACACACCAAAACUAGUUGCAUUGUAUCGGCAGAAGGCCUCACGGACGGGGAAGACAGCAGAGGCGCUGAGAGAGAUCCUGAAAAUUUAUGACUUGGAAGAACAACAUGAUGUCAACAUGAGACGCACCCUGGCCCUUCGUGCCCUUCCAGUCUAUCUCCGUGAGGAUGACACAGAGUUCUUCAAAACCUGUAAUGGUGAAGAUGAGCUGGACACUGCUGAAACUCCUUUGGCGCUCCUGUCUGUGGUCCCUGACACUACUGGUGCCAUCCACUUCAGCCCUGAGAGCAUUUCUAUUGUGAUUGAGGAUGAAGUUGUUGUGAGUGAGCUUCCCAUGGUUGGCUGAUGCAUUUGUACUGUUGUUUGGUUUAAUCUAUGCAUUGCAUUUAGAUUACCCAAAGAAACUCACUCACACAUUCACAUUUAUUCAGAAACUGCUCAUGUGUCUCGAUGAUAACAAACCACUGAAACCGUGCCUACUGACCCUAAAAAAUGACUUGUUGAAAGAGUAAACAAGCUGAGAAAUUUGAGUGCAGGCACCCAUAAAUGUGAUCCAUAUCCAGUAUUGUUUCCUUAACAAGCACAGGUACUUUAACAACCAUGGUGUAUU